GUAACCGAGGGAGGAAGGUGUCUGACCGACAGUGGACUUCAGUGACUGCAGUGUUUCAAGUUUUCGGCUGGUAUUCGUAUACCUGGGAACACUGCUAGGAAAUGGGGAUUCCCCUAACAUAUCACGGGGAACUACAAGCACCCAAAAAGGGGGCUCAGUUAUAUGUUGAGCUGUGGGUAACUGAUGAGUUUGGCAAUCGAGCGCGGUUUAAACUAAAGCGCCGUUGUCCUUUAUGGGUGUUAUUUGAAGCAUACUGUAGUCGUCGCAAGUUAACGGGAGACAUGAAGUUCUUGUUUGCCGGGCGUGAAGUUUCUCCUCUAGACACUCCAGAAGUAUUGAAUAUGAGAGAUGUCGACUCUUUGGUAGCUCUUCCGCAACACUGCUUAGUAGUUUAGCCAUUUGCUCAAAUCAUCAAUAAAUUCCAACUUCAAAAA